AUGCAUGAUGAUAUUGAUGGAUUACUUCAUGACACAUUCAGAAAUAUAGAAGGUGAGUCGGUACAAGAAGAAGGGACGAGAGAGGAUCUAUCUGAAGAUGCUAAGAGAUUUUUUAAAUUAUUAGAGGAAGGGAAACAAGAAUUAUAUCCAAGGUGUGAAAACUUCAGUAAACUGAGUUUCACCAUCCGGUUGUACUUGUUUAAGUCUUUGUAUGGGUUGAGUAAUGUAGCCUUUUCAGACUUGUUAGAGUUGUUAAAAGAGGCAUUUCCCCUUGCUAAGCUGCCAGAGUUUUUCAACAAGGCUAAAAAUAUGAUAAAAGAUUUGGGUCUUCAUUAUGAAAAAAUACAUGCAUACCCUAAUGAUUGCAUGCUAUUUUGGAAUGACAAUGCAAAGGUCGAUAAUUGCUCUGUUUGUGGGUCUUCUAGAUGGAAACGUUCUAAUUAUGCCUUGAAUAAUACAAGUUCUAAAGUUCCUGCAAAGGUUUUAAGGUACUUUCCCUUGAAGCCUAGGCUUCAGAGGAUAUUCAUGUGUCCUGAAAUAGCUAUUGCAAUGAGAUGGCAUACAAAUGAACGACCUAAUGAUGGGAAUUUGAGGCAUCCCGCUGAUGGAGAAGCUUGGAAGGAUUUUGAUUCUCUACAUCCUGACUUUUCCAAAGAUCCACGCAAUGUUAGGUUGGGUCUUUCAAGUGAUGGUUUCAACCCAUUUCGAACCAUGAGCAUUUCUCAUAGCACGUGGCCUGUCAUGUUAAUGAACUAUAAUUUAUCACCAUGGAUUUGCAUGAAGCCAGAAUAUAUCAUGUUGUCAAUGAUCAUUCCAGGUCCUUCAUCUCCAGGAAAUGAUAUAGAUGUGUACUUACAACCACUUAUUGCAGAAUUGAAGGAACUAUGGGAAACUGGGAUAGAAACAUAUGAUGCUGAGACAAAGCAAACAUUUCAAAUGUGUGCAGCCUUGUUGUGGACAAUUAGUGACUUUCCAGCAUUAGCAAUGCUUUCAGGAUGGAGCACCAAGGGGAGAUUUUUGCCGCAUGAUCAUCCUUUGCGGAUAGAUAAGAAGUCAUUUGAUGGUAAGGAGGAACAUAGACCUGCACCUACUCCUUUGUCGGGUGUAAAAGUGUUUCAAGAGCUUCUUGAAUUCAAUAAUAUUUUUGGAAAGGGCAAAAAAAAAGACCUUNAUAGUCAUAAGAUGUGUUACAUGGGCUAUCGAAGAUUUUUGCCGCAUGAUCAUCCUUUGCGGAAAGAUAAGAAGUCAUUUGAUGGUAAGGAGGAACAUAGACCUGCACCUACUCCUUUGUCGGGUGUAGAAGUGUUUCAAGAGCUGCUUGAAUUCAACAAUAUUUUUGGAAAGGGCAAAAAGAAAAGACCUCGGGAUAACAAGGGUCCGUGGAAAAAAAGAUCUAUUUUUUUGAAUUGCCAUAUUGGGCGCAUAACAAAUUGA